CCAAUACCGGCAACAGCAACCAAGCAACUCUUGCCAACGACAACCUCUUCCACGAGAAGAAGAGCGGGCAAAACAUGAUGGCACACACAUCCACCGCAUCCAUGCUGCACUUCCUGAUGAUCGUGCUCGCCACGGCCCUCACUGCGGCCUCACCGGUCACGGCACAACAGAACGGCACAGCGGUCCCUGCCGCGUACCGCAUCCAAAUCGGCUGCGUCCUCUCCCCACUUCACCCAGAGGCAUGUGAUGCCUACGAGAACUUCCUGAACGCUGUUAUCCCCGGCCUCUUUGCCUUUCACCGCAUGUCGGAACUGGAGCUGCUGGAUCAGGUCGACACCCUGGAGUAUGCACUCGUCGACACCAAGACCAUGUCUUGCCUCGACGUCGAACAAGGAUUCGCCCCUCUCAACGGCUUUGGCCUCCCCGUCGUCACAGCCGCUGGCGACUCAGGAGACGAGGUCAAGUUUGUGGACACCGUUGGCGGUGUGAUGUUCACCAUGCGCGACUCCCGCAUUGUCUCGCUGUCUGACCUCAAGGACCAGGUCAUCGCCGGCACCACCAUCACGGACUUUGCGAGCACGCACGCCAACUUUGCCAAGUACCGCAGCAAGAUUGGCACUGACCUCAUCGACGACGCAGCCGAGAUCCAGUUCCUGGGCACACACGAGCGUGUGCUUGAUGCCGUGCUGUCUGGCGAUGCUGCUGCCGGCAUGGUGCAAACCGGUUUCCUCGAGCAAGCCGCCCAUGACGGGCUGCUCAACUGGGAAGACAUCGACAUCCUCGCCCAGGAGAUUGCCAUCACCGAAGACGGCACGCGCUUCCCCUACUUCAGCUCAACCCCCAUCUACCCAGGUUGGACCGUUGUUGCCACCAGCUUCUCAUCGCUGCAGGCGCGCACCGAUGUGCUCAACUUUGUCCUCGCCGUCCCCAGCACCACCAUCGCCUUCACGUCGCCCGAGAGCUUUGCCGGUGUCGGCGAUAUCCUGGAGAACUUUGGCGUGAUUGAGCGCGAUCUUGUGCGCACGACAGAGACCCGCUGCGUCCGCAAGGCGUCCCACGUCGUCGUCCCGGAGACGAACGAGGGUGCACGCACCCGCCGUUGCGAUGGAUGA